GGCCCCGCGCCAGCGCAUGCGCCCGCCUGUGGGCGCUGUCCCGGCUGUAAGGGCCGUGCGCGCACGGACAGACAGACGGACGGACGGACUGGCGGCCGGCCGGACGACGGGGCAGCGCAGGGAGCGGGGACGCGGAGGGACAGCGACAUGGCUGGCCACACGCAGCAGCCGAGAGGGCGUGGGAACUCCAUCCCUGCGCCCUCGCCCUCCCCAGGCCCGGGUCCUGGACCCGGUGCCUCUGAGCGGGUGGCGCUCAAGAAGGAGAUUGGGCUGGUGAGCGCCUGCACCAUCAUCAUCGGGAACAUCAUUGGCUCAGGCAUCUUCAUCUCGCCCAAGGGUGUCCUGGAGCAUUCAGGCUCCGUGGGCCUGGCCCUCUUCGUCUGGGUCCUGGGUGGGGGCAUCACUGCCCUGGGCUCUCUCUGCUAUGCGGAACUGGGAGUUGCCAUCCCCAAGUCUGGAGGGGACUACGCUUAUGUCACAGAGAUCUUUGGGGGCCUGGCCGGCUUCCUGCUGCUCUGGAGCGCCGUGCUCAUCAUGUACCCCACCAGCCUGGCUGUCAUCUCCAUGACCUUCUCCAACUACGUGCUGCAGCCUGUCUUCCCCAACUGCAUUCCCCCCGCCGCCGCCUCCCGCGUGCUCUCCAUGGCCUGCCUCAUGCUCCUGACAUGGGUGAACAGCUCCAGUGUGCGUUGGGCCACGCGCAUCCAAGACAUCUUCACUGGCGGGAAGCUGCUGGCCCUGUCGCUCAUCAUUGGCGUUGGCUUUGUCCAGAUCUUCCAAGGACACUUCGAGGAGCUGAGGCCCAGCAGCGCCUUCUCCUUCUGGAUGACGCCCUCCGUGGGCCACCUGGCCCUGGCGUUCCUCCAGGGCUCCUUUGCCUUCAGUGGUUGGAACUUUCUCAACUAUGUCACAGAGGAGCUGGUGGACCCUCGAAAGAACCUACCUCGCGCCAUCUUCAUCUCCAUCCCACUGGUAACCUUCGUGUACACCUUCACCAACGUCGCCUAUUUCACUGCCAUGUCCCCACAGGAACUGCUGUCCUCGAACGCAGUGGCUGUGACCUUUGGGGAGAAGCUGCUGGGCUACUUUUCUUGGGUCAUGCCUGUCUCUGUGGCCCUUUCCACUUUUGGAGGGAUCAACGGCUACCUAUUCACCUCCUCCAGGCUGUGCUUCUCUGGAGCCCGAGAGGGACACCUACCCAGCCUCCUGGCCAUGAUCCAUGUUAGACACUGUACCCCUAUCCCUGCGCUACUCGUCUGUUGUGGGGCUACAGCGGUCAUCAUGCUCGUGGGGGACACAUACACCCUCAUCAACUACGUCUCCUUCAUCAACUACCUCUGCUAUGGUGUCACCAUCCUGGGCCUGCUGGUGCUGCGCUGGAGGCGACCGGCACUGCACAGGCCCAUCAAGGUGAACCUGCUCAUUCCGGUCGCGUACUUGGUCUUCUGGGCCUUCCUGUUGGUCUUCAGCUUCAUCUCAGAGCCCAUGGUCUGUGGAGUCGGAGUCAUCAUCAUCCUCACUGGGGUGCCCGUUUUCUUCCUGGGGGCCUUCUGGAGGAGCAAACCAAAGUGUGUGCACAGAAUCACUGAGUCAAUGACACGCUGGGGCCAGGAGCUGUGUUUCGUAGUCUAUCCCCAGGGCCCCCCAGAGGAGGAGGAGAACCAGCCCUGCCUGCCCUCCCCACUGCCCACCUCGGCCAAGCCCUCGAAGACACAAUGAGAUGCUUGUGGAAACCGAAGCAGCUGUUUCUGUUUACAUGUCGUUUUAUUGAGGAGGCGUGUUUUUUUUUCCUUUGCAAAAACUUUUUUUUUCCCCUGGAAAAAGAGAUACGGUUCUUAGACACCUGUCGUAAGAAGCCCUGAAAGAUGUGGACUGGGUUCCCUGUCUUAGCACUACCUGCUAGUUUUCCCCGAAACAGUCUAUAAAUAAAACGGGGCUGG